AUGAGCGGCGGAGCUGGACCUCCUGCAAUUAAACAGGGGGUCCACAAGCACCCCCGUGGGGAGUCCAUAGUCGAUCUGACGUGGACCUCCCCGCGGGCUGCGCGGCUGGUAGAGUCCUGGGGGGUGACGGACAGAGAGUCCCUGUCGGACCACCAAAUCAUAGAGGUGGUCCUGACAGCCACCCCCCAAGGAAUGCUGCUCCGUCGCCUGCGGAAAGAAAAUAGAUCCCCACGCAGGUGGGUCCUGGCGAGGCUGGACCAGGACAAGUUGGAGGCGGCGGUCUCGGUGGAGAUGUGGUCGGAUUCUCCCGGCCAUGUCGAAACCGAAAAAGAGGCCGCCGCGAUCGUGGGCUUGGUGACACGGGUUUGUGACGUGGCCAUGCCCCGAUCGAAACCCGCCCCUCGUCGGGCGGCGUAUUGGUGGAGUGAGGAGAUUGCAGAACUCCGCAGAGUUGCCAAUUCAGCUCGACGCGAUCUCCUCAGGGUCCGACAAAGAGCGGGUAAAUACGAUAGAAGCACUGCAAUGGCGCGCGGUGUGUACCUGGCCGCAAGGUACGCACUGCGGUCGGCCAUUAGCAGGGCCAAGGCCAAGGCCUGGGAAAAACUUAUCGCGGAACUCGACAGGGACCCAUGGGGGCAUCCCUACCGGUUGGUCCUAAACAGACUAAGACCGGCGGCGCCACCCAUCUCGGAGAUGCUCGACCCGGAGUUUCUCGGUCAGGUGGUGGGGACCCUCUUCCCCGAAAGAGAU